AAGACUUUGUCUCCCUUCGAGAAUCAGCAUUAAUUUCUCUCAUCAAGAGAAAUGAUCUACAAAUGGAAGAGAUUAAAAUUUGGGAAAAGGUUAUUCAAUGGGGAAUCGCAAAGAAUCCUACGCUGCCAUCAGAU